UUGAUAGAUUAAUUAAUAUUAUAGUUCUCUCUUUUGUUCUAAAAUUCAAGUGAGUUAAUUACUUAAAUAUUAAAAUAUAUAAUAUAAAGUAGAAGAUAUUUUUACUAAUACUAUCAGAUGUUUUCAGAAACUUUAAAAAAGAUUGUAUGAUUUUGAUAGAUAUAAGGGACAAAUGUAAUUAAAAAAAUUAUAUUAUAAAUUAUUAUAAAAAUCUGUUUUAAAGAAAGAAAUCCUGCUGUUAGACUAGUCAUUUUAAAAAUCAAAUGUUUAGAUGUAUAUGAUGUGAGUGUAAAUUGUUUACUUGCAAGUUUUUUCUAUGAUUGUAAAUUAAUUAUUACGAUUUCAUGUAUUUUAUGUUUUCAAGUAUUUAUAUUAUAUAAAAUUAUUGUUUCUUUUUAUAAGUUUUUAUUAUCAAUCUGUUAAAAAUGAGAUACAAAUAUCAUAUAUUUAUAAUAUCCAGUUAUUACAAAAUAUAAAUUCUGAUAAUUAAAUUAACUGGCAAAAUUAAUUUGCUAUAGUUGCAGCCUAUUAUCUUGUUAAAACAAAUGACGACGUGUGGAUUAAAACAAAAAUAUAUGCUAUAUAUAUAUAUAUAGAUAAAAAUGGUGAUAUUAAGAAAAAUAAGGAUCUAAUCUGCCAGACUGAACAUCAGAUUUACAUAAAGAAAGUAUGUAAGAAUUUAUUAAGAAGGCUGACUUCAUUAUUUUUUUCAUUAUUUUAAUUAUUUACUUAGUUGUUUAUUUUAUUAUUCAUAGGAAAUAAGUUGAAUUUUACAAUAUAUGAAACAAAUUUGAACACUUUAAACAAUUUAUACUCACAUUUUAUACAAAUAAUAAUUAUAAUUUAUUUUAAUAAGAUAUGUAUUAGGUCGAAUCAUAAAUAAUUUCCGAUGCAGCUGAGUAGUAUCUAUUGUUCAUAUCUAUCCACUAUAAGUUACCGGGACAAACGAAUUUUUGCUUUCACUAAAUAGAUAAAAGUUCAAUUGAUAUUCUGACAAAUAUUUUGUUUGGGGGCAUGUUACAUUAAACUGUUAUUUCUAAAAUGGAGAGUGAAUGAUGAGAGGAAUUAUGUGAUGCUUUAGGAAUUUAAACAAAGCAAUAGGGCAAAAUUUGCCAAAUUCCAUUCUGUAGAUAUGACCUUAAAAACGAACCAAAGACGGGACAUCCUUUCGACUUUUAAAAAAAAUAUUGGAACAAAAUCCACGUCAAUCAACAAGAGAUAUAACAAAAAGGUUGAAUAUUUCACAAUCAAUUGUUUAUCGCCACUUGUAGAAAUUAGAGGGUCAGCAAGUAGAAAUAUGAAAGCAAAAUAAAUGUUUGAUAAAAAAAUGUAAUCUGUUUAUGAUUCAAUCUAAUCGUUAUUUUACCUAUUGGUACUACUUAUAACAUUUUGUAUUUUUAAUACAAUGUCAUAUUAUUUUAUGUAUUACAAUUAACUCUACUUUUAAUUCUUUAUUUCUAAUAUUGUAAUACAUAUAUUUUAUAAACUUGUUGUAGCUAAAAAUGAAUAGUAACAAAAUGGAUUUCAUGUAUAUUAUAAUAUUAUAUAUACAGGAUGUUUGUCCAUGGACAUACUAGGAAAUUAUCUUGUAAUUUGUUCUCCAUCAAGGAGAGCAGACCUAAUUCUUGAAUAAAGAAUAUAGGUUAAAGAUGAACUAUACUUACUUUCUUUUUUUCUUUUUAUCUUUUUAUUUGAAUAAAAUAGUGAAUAGCCUUAAAAAAAUAAUUUAUAUGGCUGUGUCUUAGUCACAAAGAGCCUGUAAAAUUUUUUUUUACUCAUGAUCUUUUCAAGUUAGGAAAAUGUCUAUAAUUUGUUUUUAUAUGUUCAUGCAAUAGGGUUCAUUUGUAAUCAAAAUCAUAUUUAGUAAAAAAUUAUUAUUAUGCACUGAAAUUUAAUAUAUUGUAAUCAAUUAUUUAUGUAAUUUUAUAGUUAUAUGAAAUGUUAUAUUUUAAUUCGCGUAUCAUGCUUUAAUUUGGGAUCGUAUUUUUCAUGGCGGUGAUUUACAUUCGUAAACUCAAACUCGCGUGUGCUAACAUAACCUAUUCCUUGUGAUUAGGUACGAUUUAUGCAGCCGUUCGUGUGUGUUCAAAACGUGUUAGCGAUUUUAGCAUUUUUGAUAUUUAUUAGGAUUUAUUAUAUAUCAUAAAAAUUAAAUUUUUCUCUGAUAGUAUUAUUUAAUAAUAUUUUUCGUAUAAUAUUAAAAUAACUAAUAUGGUUGUUUUUACUUGUAAUCAUUGCGGGGAAACUUUACAAAAACCACGUGUUUUUAAACACUAUCAAUUUCAGUGUCGUAACAAACCUUAUUUAACAUGUGUGGAUUGUUUAAAAGAUUUUCGGGAACAGGAAUAUGUACAACAUACAAAAUGUAUAACUGAGGCAGAACGAUAUGGUGGUAAAGAUUAUGUUCCAAAAUCUACAGCUUGUAAGGGUGAACGUAAACAACAAGAAUGGCUUAAAAUUGUAAAUAAUGUACUUGAGACAGAUAAAGAUUUGUCUAAUGCAGAAAAAAGUUUUUUACAAGCUUUGUCAAAAUGUGAAAACAUUCCCAGGAAAAAAGUCAAAUUCAUCAAUUUUAUUAAUAAUGCAUUUGGAUAUAAAACAAAUAAGUCAGUAGUUGAAAGUGUUUGGACAAAAAUGGAAAAAGCUUAUCAACAGGCAGUAAAUAAUAAUGUAAAGCAAGAACAAAUUAGAGAGCCCAAUGGUAAUCAUAAAGUAGAAGUUCAUACGGAAGAAGAUAAAAGUUUGAAAAAUAAUGUGGAUAAUAAUAUUGCAGAAAAUCAAAAUAAUGAAAAUAUAUUUAAAGAAAAUAAAUAUGAUAAACAAAGUAAUACGAAUAAUGGAUUAUCUGACAACAACUGUACUGAGAAAUUGGAAUCUUCGAACAAAAAAAAGAAAUCUAAGAAAAGAAAGCUCUCUCCAUCAAUGAAGAACGCAGAGGAAUCUCCUGUUAUUAAAAAAAAUAAUAUGGAUGAUCUGAAUGUAAUUUCAGAAACUUUAAAUGAAGUCCAAAAUAAAAAUACAUUGGAAACAGCUAAAUUUAAUUGGAAAAAUACUAUUUUAAAUAUAGUAUCUGUUAAAGGUGAGAUAUCUUUAAAGAAACUGCAAAAAAGGGUACGCACACAAUACACAAAUCAUUGUCAAGCUGAAAUAACAGAUGAAAAGUUCAUUAAUAAAUUUAAUAAGAAACUUAACAAAAUGACUGAAAUUAUUGUAUCUGAACAAAAAAUAAGACUGGCAUAGAUAUAUAAAUUAUUGACAAUAAAAAUUUGUGUUAAUAUUUGAAAUUAAAAUAUGUUAAAAACAAAAUUAUUGAGAACUGUUUAAGAAAUAGAUACAAUGUGAUAAAAUCUAAAAA